AAAGGAGGUGGGUAGAAAGGGGCGUGAGAUUAUAAAACUGAGGAUCGCUGUAUGUCUUCUUGUACCUUCCACACAUUUAGUCCCUACCACCCACGGCCACCAUCUGCUGCUCCCGAAGCAGAGGCUCAUACAACGGCGUCAAGCCUGGAGCUUUAAAGACAGCAGCGGGGUACCCCGUUUAAAGCACCACGGUUCCUUAGACAUUGGAUUAGCUGAGUGAACUUUAUCACUAAAGCUAAGACCACCGUUGUUGCUGCCAUCCACCAGUCCCACAAAUCAGAACAAAAUGGUGCAAAACAAGAUCACCGAAGUAACCGGAUUCCAUCGCUCUUUUAAGGGCCAAAAUCCCUUUGAAUCAGAGGAAUUUUCCAAAACAGGAUCCCAUCUCCUUGAAUCUGCCUUCAAUUUUGAUUGUUCCGCCCGACUUGACAUGCCAUCCAGCCAGCCCAUCGACAUCCCAGAUGCCAAAAAGAGAAACAAGAAGAAAAAGAGAUGCAGGGCAACAGACAGCUUCUCAGGGCGGUUUGAGGAUGUAUAUAAACUGCAAGAUGAGGUGCUGGGUGAAGGGGCCUAUGCCAGAGUCCAGACCUGCAUCAACCAAAUCACCCACAAAGAAUAUGCUGUGAAGAUCAUUGAGAAAAGGCCAGGACACAGCAGGAGUCGUGUUUUCAGAGAGGUGGAAAUGCUGUACCAAUGUCAGGGGCACAGAAAUAUUCUGGAGCUAGUGGAGUUCUUUGAGGAGGAGGACAAGUUUUACCUUGUGUUUGAGAAGCUGAGAGGAGGCUCUGUCUUGGCCCACAUUCACAAGAGGAGAUACUUCAGUGAGCAGGAAGCCAGCAUUGUGGUGCAGGACAUUGCGAGUGCACUGGACUUCCUUCACAAUAAAGGAAUGGCCCACAGAGACCUGAAGCCUGAAAACAUCUUGUGUGAACGCGAGGAAAGGAUUUCGCCUGUGAAGAUAUGCGAUUUUGAUCUUGGCAGUGGAAUUAAACUUAACAGUGACAGUUCACCCAUCUCCACUCCAGAACUCCUAACUCCAUGUGGAUCUGCUGAAUAUAUGGCGCCAGAAGUUGUGGAAGCCUUCAACGAGGAGGCCACCAUCUAUGAUAAGCGCUGUGAUCUGUGGAGCCUGGGUGUCAUCCUUUACAUCAUGCUGAGUGGUUACCCUCCCUUCGUGGGCCGAUGUGGAAGCGACUGUGGAUGGGAGAACGGAGAACCUUGUCAAGCGUGUCAGAACACCCUGUUUGAAAGCAUCCAGGAGGGCAAGUAUGAGUUUCCAGAGAAAGAGUGGGCUCAUAUUUCCUCCAGUGCCAAAGACCUCAUUUCCAAACUGCUUGUGCGGGAUGCCAAGAAACGUCUCAGUGCUGCUCAGGUUCUCCAGCACCCCUGGGUACAAGGGAGUGCCUUUGACUGUCUCCCUUCCUCUAUCCUGCUGCAAAGGAAUAGGAGCACUAAAGACCUGACGUUCUUUGCGGGCAAGGCUGUUGCCAUGAACCGGCAAUUAGCAGAGCAAGACGACCUAGAAGAACAGCAGCUGCAGGACUCCCCUCAGGUCGUUACAGCCGGUGCCACGUCCAUGCGCCUCUCCCCUCCCUCCAACUCCAAACUGGCCAAGCGCAGACAGAGGAGUAGCCUGCUGAAAGGAGCGCCUGUGUCUGCCGCUGAGCUCAGGCAGCUCCUGGCACCGCUGGUAAUUGUGGGAGACUGUGCUUGAUCGGUUGAGCUGGGCUCCAUGUGAACAAUUUUCCAAUUUCAAAUGGACAAAGUAUCUGCUACCUUUUGUGCAAAUCUCUCUCCGUUUCUUCUGCCCACUUGAAUGGGACCCAGUCCUUUCCUGUACAGUGGUUCAGUUUGUGCCUGUUGGAAAUCCAGUUUGCCUCUUUAAGCACUGGAGCAAAAACUCCUACAGCACUUUGAUCAGCUCUCGACAGCAUGGGAAUUACCUUGAGAGCUCAAGGCGAAUGAACUGGACACUGUUCAGGAACGAGAUUGGGUUACACAAGCCAUUUUGAAAUUUGUAUAAAGGUAGAGCGUAAAAUACCAGCUCGGACACCAAAGGUCCAAUACCUCCCACCCCACUUCCUGAACCUCUUUUUGUGCUGCUUCCACAUUACAACUGGAUCCACUGUGAAUUUUCUCUGUGAGAGAUACAACUGCGUUUUAGUUUUGUUUCAGGAAUGUUCUUCCUGUAUGUGUGUAUGUGCAUAUAUCCCCCUCCCCUUCAGCAGAUACUGAAGAUAUUGGUAUGUGCUUAUGCAACCCUGAUGAAGGCUAUUAUGACUUACAUUACUUUAGCAGAGAUCUUGUAUAAGUGGAGCGAAGCUCUGAUAAUAGUGCCUCACCUAACUUAAUGCAUCACUGUCCUUCCCCCACAGCCUUGUAGUUGCGUCAAGAAAUCCCCAUGACCAUUAAGAAUAGUUUGUUUUUUCUCUGUUACUCAAGCACUUCCAGAGUGUGUCCUCAUAGCUAGACUAUCCCAGCAGUCAGCUUUCGAGACAUGGGUUCCCCUAGUUGAGGAACCGGUAAAUGCAUUUGAUUUAAGGUGUAUAUGAGGUUUUCAUAAGACUUCAAUUGGAAUUGCAGCAUCAUAUGCUUCCAAACUUAUGUCUAGGAAACUGUAACUGUUUUCCUGUAAAUUUCACCCAAAUCUUACCAAUAACCGAUAAGAGUGACCUAUAAACAUUUCAGAGCACAACUGGGAUUGAGUGCAUGCUGGGAAGCGACCAGAUGGUUGCACAAGCAAACGUCUGCCAAUGUGACUAUAUGAAUGACGAUGGUCGGUAUCAGAGAGUACUAUCCCAAUUUAAGGGGGGUUGAUUAUGGUACGGAAAUAUCGAACUAUCAGAUUGUCGAUGCCACCAAAAAGCAAACUAUAUAAAUAUUAAGAGGGGAGGGAGAGAUUAUUUUCAAGUAACAUAAAAAAAUAAAAUAAAUAAAUAAAUAAAAAAAAUCGAAAAAGCAUUCCAGCAAAAGUAUUAAAAACAAAAUAAAAAAACAAAAGCAAAAAAAAGUCUUCCAAGAAAAUGUAGCCGUAUGAGUGAAAUGGUCUAAGAAAGUUUACUUUAUAUAUAUACAUACAUACAUAUAUACACACACACACACGUUAAUAGUUGACUCCAAUACAAGAGUGUGCCACACUGAUGUUUCAAACUUAGUUGAGCUUUGUUUAACUUUUUAUUGAAAGAAUAUUAUUUUCUAUCUUUAUUUUUUUUUCUAUGUUGUUCAGAUGGAACGUUUUCCCUUUUUUUAAAAUAGUUUUGUUACAUUAUUAAUGUGGAUUUAAAUGCUGUAAUGAGCGAGAAGUGUAUUUGAAUGUUACUUGAGUUAGGGGGAGAAAGGAAGGAUUAAAACGAAAGAAGGAAAAAAGACAGGGAGUCAUUAUAAUCUGUACAGACCUGAUGUUUUACUGUUUUUGUUCUUGCAUCGGAAAUGUCUUCAGGGUUGUUUAAACUCCCCUUUUCUCUCAAAAACCAUUGGUGGCUUGAUCGUUUUUAGUAAGACGGAACAAUAUCUGCCAAAGUGCGCUCGUUUCUGAAAUCGAAUGCACUGCCGUGUCUGGUAGUGCUGAUGGUGAAUCGGCUUUAGCCUUUCUCAUGCCAAUCGGAGCUAAGCACAGACCAUCAUUCCCUCUCCGAGGUGCAGAAAGCAUUUUUCAGACGUCUGGAUUCAGAUCAAGUCUUCUAUAGAUUCUGCAGGCAUUAGUGUCACAAAUGGGAGUUCAAAUCACCCAAGCAUAUGAUCCUAUUGAAUGUUUUCAGAGUGUCCAUUCUGUUGCUCUGAGAUGCUUUGAGAAACCUAAUGGCAGUCCUUGGUUUUGAAGGGCCCAUUAUGCUGAUUAUUAUGACACUGAUUGUAACAUUUAUUGAUUUUUGUCUUUCUUUAAGAAUCUUUUUACGGAUGCAUCUUUGUGGGAUUUUUAUGUCUUAUAGUAAGACUUGAAUUGUAUGUGCAGCGGUUUCCUCCUGUUUCGUUCAGGAAACUUCUUUUGCUACGAUGUACAAAUGGCAAACAAACACUUUCAUAAGCUGAGAUUUAAAGCAAUCUUUGGCUUGGAAAGUACCGUUUCCGUUCAGUAUUUUAUCCUUUUCCUUGGCUUUGGUAUAUUGCAGAUAUCCCAAGUGUUUGGGUUUGUAUUUUCUGAAGAGUCUGUGGCGCUUGGCUGGUCCUCUAAAGCCUGUGUGCCUCUGACAACAGAUUCACCACUCUUUUACCCGUAAUAUAGUUAUGGGUUGCCUUGAAUUAACAGAUCUGACUUGGAUUCUCAAAAAAAAAAAAAAAAAAUGGUGGAGGAUGGGGUUGUAAAAAGUUCUCAUUCGAUGUUCCUGUUUCACGCAGCCUAUUAUUAGCCAUUUCAAACAAGUACCGGUAUCUUAAAAUAUGAAGUUCCUUUUGUUUGACUUUUUCCCCAACCCAAAGAUUACUGGGAUAAAAGUAUUCAGGUGCACAAUUGUUUUUGUUUUUCUUUACAAUCUAAUGUGAAUCCUCUAGUCUGAAGGCUAUUGUUUUUGGAGUGUUGUCUGCGACACUUGUUAAGCGCACUGUUUGUCCCUUUCCAAAUUCCAAACUUUAUCCAAAAUAAUAAUUGGGGAAAAUCUGAAAUGGGGUCUCAUUUGGGGCAGCAGGUAUUAAUUUAAAAAGCACUUUACUGUACCAUGUGGUUGACUGCAGUUCACUCGAAGCUACAUUUAUGACUGUUGUGACCGAAUUUUGUAUCGUUUUGUACAAAACAAAACCAACAAAAACGCAAUAAAAUGCUUUAAACAAUG